CGAAUGCCGAGAUACUUUCUACUGUAGAGCCACGGUUGUUCUAUUGUGCCCGAACGACCCGUGUAUUCUGCGUCGUGGGUCGUCGUUCUUUACCGUGGAUCAUGUCAGCUGUUCCUUGGCCCUUCUCACAUACCCAGUUGCCAAUGCUAUCUCCUCGAUCUUGACGCACUAAAUCCUUAACGAUACAAGCCAGUCAUCUAGUGGAGAAUAAAGUGGUCUAUGUAGGGACCAUGAUGCUCUCAAUGGGUAAUUUCGUUGCUGCAAUCAUAAGUUCGGUCAACUUCUGGAUGGCAACCCUUCUGAUCAUUAUCAACAUCUAUGAUCAACGAGCCCUCAAACUCAAGGUAGCUCUCAGUGCUCACGAUAAUUGCAAGCACCGUUUCCUACGCGUUGUAUCGUGUUCGUACAGGUUACCAUCGCACAGACAAUGUCAUCUAUCGGUCUUUUCACGGACUCUGAUGGAUACCUUGCAGUCUCGCAACCUACUACGCUUUCUGGUGCGAUGGAUGUAUGAACGUUCCAUAAUUGGCGUGCAUCAUCGGAUUACCCGAAGACAUUCCAAUUAUCUACCGCCAAGACAUAUGUCAUCCGAAGGUGGGCCUAGUACCAAAUUAGUUUCUGGUCAAGAUAGUGGCACUCGUGACACCGACAGGUCGGGUGAGUAUCUUUCAUAGCGUCCGUUGGGAAUAUAUGAUAGGGAAAAAAGAUAUAUUCCAGCCAUGUGUUGUCAUUAGAAGUACGCCCGAACCAGUAUAUACAUCCAGAAACAAGGUAUAUGUGAAGAU